CCCGGGGGGCGGUCCAGCGGCGCCGGCGAUGGCUCAUAAGACCGCGGGCCACCUGUCGGGCCGCUCCUCCGCGCGCCGCGCUCCGGGCCCCGCCGUGCCGCUGCGGGCCGCGUCCCCGGAGUCGGCGCCUCUGUCGCCUCGGUCCCCGUCCCCACCCAGGCGCGGAGCAGCGCGGGCUCCGGGCGGGCGCCAGGGCGCGCAGACAUGGGCAGCCGCGCCAGAGCGCGCCGGGCGGCCGCGAUGCUGGGCUUCCUCGGGCUGCUGUGCGCGGUGCUGGGCGCCGUCAUGAUCGUGAUGGUGCCCACGCUCAUCAAGCAGCAGGUGCUCAAGAAUGUGCGCAUCGACCCCAGCAGCCUGUCCUUCAACAUGUGGAAGGAGAUCCCCGUCCCCUUCUACCUGUCCGUCUACUUCUUCGACGUGGUCAACCCCAGUGCCGUCCUCCUGGGCGAGAAGCCGCAGGUGCGGGAGCGAGGGCCCUACGUGUACAGGGAGUUCAGGCACAAGAGUAACAUCACCUUCAAUGACAAUGACACCGUGUCAUUCCUCGAGUACCGCAGUUUCCAGUUCCAGCCUGACAGGUCCCACGGCCUGGAGAGUGACUACAUCGUCAUGCCCAACAUCCUGGUCUUGGGCGCGGCGAUGAUGAUGGAGAACAAGCCCAUGAGCCUGAAGCUGAUCAUGACCUUGGCGUUCAGCACCCUCGGAGAGCGUGCCUUCAUGAACCGCACCGUGGGCGAGAUCAUGUGGGGCUACGAGGACCCUCUGGUGCACCUCGUCAACAAGUACCUGCCAAACAUGUUUCCCUUCAAGGGCAAGUUUGGGCUCUUUGCGGAGCUGAACAACUCCAAUUCCGGGCUCUUCACCGUGUUCACGGGGGUCAAAGACUUCAGCAGGAUCCAUCUCGUGGACAAGUGGAACGGGCUUAGCAAGGUCAAAUACUGGCAUUCUGACCAGUGCAACAUGAUCAAUGGGACGUCUGGACAGAUGUGGGCGCCGUUCAUGACUCCCGAGACCUCACUGGAAUUCUACAGCCCCGAGGCCUGCCGGUCCAUGAACCUGGUCUACAAGGAGUCAGGGGUGUUCCAAGGCAUCCCCACCUAUCGCUUUGUGGCCCCCAGCACCUUGUUUGCCAACGGCUCCACCUACCCGCCCAACGAGGGCUUCUGCCCCUGCCUGGAGUCUGGGAUUCAGAACAUCAGCACCUGCAGGUUCAAUGCACCCUUGUUUCUCUCCCACCCUCACUUCUACAACGCCGACCCGAUGCUGGCAGAGGCGGUGCUUGGCCUCCACCCCAACCCAGAGGAACAUUCCUUAUUCCUGGACGUCCACCCGGAACCCAGGCUGGUUGAGUCAACUGUGACUACAUGCACUUCAGCUCCAGCAAAUGGUGCUUGCACACUCAUUAUGGUCCAGACACCAGCCGGAGACUUUCACAUGCAGUAACGCAGUAAAUUUGCACAAUUAUCUGGGCAGUGAGCACUGCUCCUCCCAUUGUACAGAUGGGGAAACUGUGGCCCAGAUAGGUCACGUGAUACAACUAAUAAAUGGGACCGUUGGCUCCACAGAGGAAAGAUCCGUUCUGUUCCGUUCAUCGCUUGACUUCUAGCCAUUCGCAUAGAGGAACUCAGUAGGUACGGGUUUGAUAAGUGGGCAUGAGGAAGUGGCAAAGCUGAGUUCAAACACAGGCCUUCUGACGCCCCCACCUCAUGUCCUGUGCUAAUAUCUAGUGAAUUUUAAUGAGGUUAAUUUAAUGGUAUUCAUUAAUUAAAUUGGUAGUAAUUAAUAUUAAUAUAUCAUGUGUCCCACUGAAGUUCGUUCGUUCUUGUUAGAAAUGUUAAGGCUCGGGGCGUCUGGGUGGCUCAGUCGGUAAGCGUCCGACUUCGGCUCAGGUCACGAUCCCACGGUUCUCGAGUUCGAGCCCCGCGUCAGGCCCCGUGCGGACCGCUCGGAGCCCGGAGCCUGCUUCGGAUUCUGGGUCUCCCUCUGUCUCCGCCCCUUCCCUGCUCACGUUCUGUCUCUCUCUGUCUCGAAAAUAAACAUUUAAAAAAAUGUAAAAAAAAAAAAAAAAAAAGAAAUGCUAAGGCUUUUCCACAUCGUCUUAACAUUUCGGGGUCUCCGAGACCACCCCCAAGUCUGACGAUUUGCUAGCAGGACUCCCAGACUCAGCCUAUGGUGGAAAUCACGGCUGUGAUUUGUUGCAGAGAAAGGACACGGAGUACCGUCUCCCAGGGGGGCCGCACAGGACACACUUAGUUCCCCCAGCAGUGCGGUGAAUCAUCCCCCAGGGAAGCCCGUUAGAGACAGCGCCCUGGGUGCUCACCGGGGACUUUUCCCAGCGGCACCCUCUGCCUGGUACCUUCCAAACUUCCAGACUCCCCGCGGGAAGACUGAUGGCAUAAAUCACAACGUUUGUACAAACAGUCCAGGCACAGUGAGCCCCCCUUAUCAGUUAGGGAGUGGGGGGUGGGGGCUCCCAAAAUCCAGGUUCCCGGACACCAGCCGCCGACCAGCCCGGCCAGCAGGCCUCUCUGAGGAGGACAGCCUCCGGCCUGCUGCCUUAUCACUUUUCCACCCGCGGGUGGACUCCCUCCCAGCCUGCCGGUUCUUGGGUCCAAGCUCUCCCUGGUCUCGGGAGCACGGCCUUCGCGCUGUCCCUCUGUGCCAUCGGGGCCCGGAAGGCCUACUUUCCAUGGAAGAUAUUUCCCUUUCCCCCAGUGUGCGUGAUCGUCACGCAAGCGUUUAUGGCCCUGAGUGUGGCUGUUUUCCAUCCCUCAUUUUGCCCUGCAGUGAGGUGGCAGGAAUGAGCCCCUUUUGCAGAUAAAGAAACAGGCCUCAGCUAAGAGGCGACAGUUCCGGCCUCCCGACCUCCAACCUCGGUCCCUUUCCUCUUCGGGAGCCACCUCCCUGAGUUGGGGCCUACGUGUGUGUUGCUUCUCCUGCUGUCUGCUUACCGCUUUAAAAACUCCUCUCUUAGAAGAAAAGGGUAGGUUUCGGCACAAAGGAAGUUUCCUGUCACCACCUCGCGUCGGAAAUUACAAAUUUCUCCAAAAAAACAAGGCGGCAGCCAUAAAACUGAACACAAGGGUAAAAGAUCAUUAGGUUUGAGACAGUCAGGGCAAGUUGUGUGAUGGAGAGCGACUUUAUAUUCACAUGCAAAUCUAUUUUGUUUGGUCUGGAGGAGGGGGGGAGGGGCGGGCAACGAGUGGCAAAUGUCACUCUGCACUCAGAGAAGCGUCGUGGGCAGAAGAGCCUGCGGGGAAGCGUGUGUUCCCCCCCCCCCCCCCCAAGGGCCUGGAGCCAGCGGGGAGGCCCCGGUGCCCCGGCAGUUCAGCCCUGACGCCUGCCCUCUGAGCGGGCCCAGGGACGUGGGUUUGGGGGCGUUCCCGGGGCGCGAACCCAGGCCCCUCAC